UAAGAAAAGAAAAGAAAAAAUAUCUUAAUGUUCUAGUUUUGUGACUGACUUCAGCAUCUUUAUCCCCAUCUAACUAAAGGAAUAAAAAGAGUCGCGAUUUUAUAUAAAAUUAAUAUUUUAUACCAUUGUUUUCCAUUUUUAUUAUAUUUUUGCAAUACGGUCCUUAAUUAUAUACACAAUCAUGGAGGUAAUGGAAUUAGCUGAAAUUAAAAAGUUCUUCAUGCCAUCAAAUACGCGUUACCUGAAUCCUCAUGCCGAAGCGGUCAGGCUAAGAGUACUAUGGACAUAUGAUAAAUUACCAAACAAAGCAAGAGAUAAUGAAGAUGUUAAAAAACUUUACAAUUUGGCUCAAAGCUACGUGCAAGAAGAUUAUAUCCCAACUGCUCUUGGAAUCAUAAACAAAGGAUUGAAAUUGGAUCCACGUUAUCAUUACUUUUAUAAAAUGAGAGGUGAUAUAUAUUAUCGUCAGAGUUGUUGGACAAACGCCAUAAGGAAUUACGAAAGUGCUCGAGCGACUGUUAAAUUCGAUAGAAGAAUUCCAGGCAAUCUGGUGAACAGUUUUUACAAUAAAAAAUUAAGCGAUGCUUAUUGGAAAAGAGGAAACUACUACGCUGAAAGUGACAAACAUUCGGAAGCUCUUUAUGAUUUUGAGGAAGUUUUAGUUUUGAAGUCUCGAGGUGCGCCGGUAUUUAAAAUUCAGGAUAAACUACUGAUGUGCUUGAGAGUCUUAGAUCGAUACGAAGCAUAUCGAUUCCAUUGGACUAAGUUUAUAAAGAACACAGAUACAUCAAGAGCCUCCGUUCUCUUAACACAUCAUGCUGAGUAUAAAAUUUUUUUAAGAGAAAUGUUAGCAGCACGUCAUAUACUUUCUGCUGCUUUGGACUUGGAUCCAACAAAUAAGCAGGCACAGGCACACUUACAGGUUGUACUCACCACUGGUCAUACUAUGGUAACUUAUGCAAUAAUAUGGUGCACUUAUGGCUGCUACGAUAAAGCCUUAAUGACAGUAGAAAAGGGACGGGAUUGCGAUCCCUACAAUCCUGGCUAUACUUUAAACUGCAAAAUGGCUGGAAAGCGUUGA